AUGCUCUUAUCUAGCGCUAUUGCUGCGGCUCUCUUUGCUACAACUGCUCUUGCUUUAACUCCGGCAGGCCAUACACCUGAUGGCAAACCCAUCUACAUCGCACCCAGUGGUUCGCGUGUUCAGCAGGUCAAUGCUAACAUGUUGGUUUUUGCACCCAAUGGAAGUCUCAUCCAUACAUUCGAGAAUGUGAUUCCAAAGGGAGCUAGGUCGAAACGCGCGCCGUCCAUCAUCAAUCCUCGCCAGGAUCUUAGUGCGACACAGGCCUACGCAUUGCUAAACACGACGACAGACAACCUGAUUCAGUCAUUCAACACCACUUUCGUCGUUCCUCCUGCUCCUACCACAUUCAAAAGCCAAAUCAUCUUCCUGAGUGCCAAUAUUCAGGUGUUGGAUCCAACUACUGGCAUUCCGUUUGGCAAUCUUCGAGCUGCUCUCCAGUACGGAGGCAGUUGGGUCCAAGGAGGCUCAUUCUGGACAUUUGCCAUCCAGCUCGAAAUCCCCCCCGCUGGUUUCCUUCAAGUUACUCUCAUCGGAGCCGAUCCUACCCUUCAAGUUGGGCAGAAUAUUAUCAGCACAAUCGUCCACGAUCCAGAGCUCGAUAGCGAGGAACCAGGCGUCUUCUGGUACAUCGCUGGCUUCCCUAACGUGCCCAAUUCGACCACCCUUGAAGUCGGUUGGCAGAUUCCUCCCAGCAUUGUUGCCCUCGAAUUGGAGGAGGAAGGCGUCUUGCAGUCGAGCGACUACCCGGCAGGUUCCUUCGUAUUUGACCAAAUCAAUCUCAACUUGACGAAUAAUACACCCCCGAUCUCGUGGAAAACGAGCGUUGACCCCACAACGAAUGUGGACAUUCAAGUUGAUGUGGAUGGGGCAGAGAAUGGAAAAGUCUCCAUUAUCUUCCCGACCGAUUAG